AUGGGCAAGGACAGAUGGGCACAAGUCUGGCUCGCAUCCGUGCACGUACCCGGUAUCAGCGAACUGCAUCAGAUCGCUGUCAAGCUCCUUCAAGAAGCAUUUUGUCCCCAUUCGGAAGAUGAUGACGACGAGGACGACGAGGAAGGACCUUCUCUGUGCACUCCUGCAGGAAUAUGCAGAAAUGAAGCAUGGGCAUUUGCGCAGCUGCGACCUUUGCAAGGUCUACUACUACCGCACUCCUAUGGCUUCUAUCACUUCCAACUCCCCUGCGGUCAGACCGUGAUUGGACAUGUCAUGGAGUACGUUGAAGGAAAUACACUCAAACGAGAUUAUCAAGGGAUGAUCGAUGGCUCCUUCUACUCGGCAGAGCACCAGCGAGAGAGCCAUGUUUCGGUUGUACAGCUUGCGUUCAGCGGGUACUGCUUGCAUCUAUGCGGCGUUCAUCAUGGCGAUAUAUCUCCGAACAACGGACUUCAAGUGCCUGGGAAGCCACCCUUCUUCGUGUUCCUCGACUUUGCUCUGGCGACUACAGAUUCCUACAUCAUGUUUGGGAAUAUGGACGGUGCGGGCUUGUUCAGAUGUUUCAAAGAAUUGGAGUUGGGCGAGACUUUUUGCCCUUGGCUGGAGGAUGCAAUCGUCAAGGGCGAGCCGUGGGCAGACUUAUUACUCGGUGGACUCAGUACACUCCGGCAGCUCAAGGGAGAAAUACCGAGUUCGGAGAGCUCUUACCAAGCACGAGCCAUGUGGCUGAAAAAGAGCCAGGAUGAGAAACGCGAAAAUAAGAUGUGUUGACAGACGGCAUAACGAAGGCGGGUUUUUGUUGUGUCAUGCCGCGAUUAUAAGCUGUCAUUCUCUGCUUCAUUCAUUCUCGUUCUGUUACGCAUAUUCAACGACCAAGUGGCUUCACC